GGGGAGAGUUGAAGAGCCUGGAUAGGAAAGUGUCUUACAAACCGUUUACCAAAAAGAACUACAAGAUGUGAUACGCCAGCCCCGCUAACAUGAUUGUCCGGGAUGUCUUGCCAGAGCACCUUCUUGUCGAACCCCACACAGCUGUGCGAACCGGGGCAGGAACAAAUGUGACCUUCAGGUGCGAGUCGGUGAUCCUAGGCCGGCCCAUGACAUCUUGUCGGUGGAUUUUCUUCGGAUCCAACUCCAGUAUAGUCUCACUCCUCGGAGGGAAUUGGACACGCUCGCGGGACACGGACUCCGUGGAGCCACCUGAGGUCUCUCUCACGGAGAACGGGACUGCCUGCCUCCUCCGCCUGUCAGCUGUGGGCCCGCGGGACGUCGGCCGGUACCUCUGCGCCGACUUACUGUCCGAUGCCCUGUCCAACGUGGCCAAGCUCGAGCUGGAUUUCUCGGCCGCGCCCAUCGCGUCUGGCCCGGCCACCGAUCCGCACUCGACUUUGCCUAGUGACAUUCCGAUCCAGGAAAUUUGUAACGACGGGGGGUCUUCGAAGGACCACGUGUACCGCGACGUGAUCGCCGGUGUCGUCGGCGGGGUCCUCUUACUCAUCAGCACCUUGCUAGCCGGGGUGGCCUGCUACUACUACCGACAGAUCCGGCGCAUCCGUCGGGAAGACUCGAAGAUGGACCUGGACUUUAUCCGCAUGAAAGCCCAGGCCGCCGCUCUUCAGAAAGAAACUGAGCUUAUGACCAACACUGGAGGCACAACUCGAGGUGACGAAAGGUACCUCACAACCUGAAACGGUUAGAUAGCCAAUAUCCUCCAAAACACAGCUCCGUGCAAAUACUCUGCGGAAUGACAAGUGCUCCUGUCGCAAAAAUAAUCAGCAUUUAACAACUUUGAGACAAUAUUUGGUCCAUAUAUUGACGCUUAUUUAUUAACCAUAAACGAUUGGCAAAGUUAUUUUUUCCCACACCUUACUGCUUAAUUUGAAUCCACUUCUUUUUUUUGGGGGGGGGUAGGGUUUGACGGGUUUUUUGCAAAUUCACGCAAGGUGGUUUGCUCAAACUUGUGCGGUCGGUUAAUGUUACUUGACUUUUCGAUGUAUAAUUGUUACCUCCCAAGUUUUUGGAAGUUUACGAUGAUUUUUAUCGGCUUUGGAACUAUACAUGAUUGUGCUCUGUCAACUUCCAAUAACUUGGAAGGGACAAUAUCUACUGUUUGUCUUUAAACUGUGUCAUAUAAUUAAGAACUAUUAGCCAUUCUGGUGAGGGAUGUGUUGCUAGACCCCUCGUGGACUCAGUAAUUAUGUUGUUGUACCUGUGUGCCCGAAUGCAAGGUCUUUACGUCUAAAAAAACCCCAAAGAUACAAAAAACAUUUUGCAAGCUUAGCAGACAUUAUGUUGAGGAACGAAUAGGCCUAGGAAAGAACGAACUUGAAACGAUUUUCGAUCGUCUCAACAAGAAUAAGAAGCGCCACGAAUUCCCUCCCUCCAUUACAAUCAACUGUAUACAGGUGUAAAUGGGACAUGCUAAUGAAUAUACAACUUGUCUGCUUAGCGGCCCCUAUUUAGGGUAUGGAUUGUUGGGGAGGGACCUGCAUAUUUCCGGUACGCAAAAUGGGGGAAAUAGUGCUCUUCUACUGCCCAGGAGCUUGAUCGUUCUGGGCAAUGAAAAUACAGUAUUCAAGAUAGAGGUACAAAAGUUGUACACAUUUGUUAAAUGUAGAUAAUUGGGCACCCUCCGAAUGCCUGUUUUUUUUUGUGAUGAUGAAACUAUAUUUCUUGACGAUUCUGGACGGAAAUGAAAGGGCGCGCUCUUGUGCCACAUAAAAGACAGAUACUGCUUUGUAAUUUGUAAAGUCACCUGUUCGAAACAGAUUAUUUCACGAGGUUUCAAAAUAAUGACGCCAUCUUCCCGAGACUUAUUGAAGAGCCAUCUUUUGAAGUGGUCAUUUUUCCUCUUUAUUUGACCUCUGUAUUUAUACAUGUACUUCAGAGGUGCUAGUUCUCAAAAAAGAUGAAAACAACGAGACAAGAUUCCUCGAAGUCGUGCCUCAAACGAAAACUGAUAUCGCCUCGAUCACCUCGUACUCGUCUGUAUAUUUGUAAGCGGAUAUUUAACGUGAAAAUACACUACUCAUAAAAAUUAAAGAAA